AUGACGGGACAAUGGGUGAUGGACGAGAUGCUUAGCUUCUACUAUGUGGAAGGGUCACGCUCGUGUUCGCCGCAACCACACAGUUUUCGUGGACAGCCCCAAUUGAGCAGUUCUUCUGGGUGGUGUUUAGGUGACAAUGGUCAUCACCCAGUCGGCGGUUCUUCGCCUGUAUCAUCAGCACACAACCCCAGCGAGCUCGACGCACAGCAAUAUCCUUGCCAUCAACUGACCGACAUUGAUGGCUUCUCAGACUACCACAGUCUUCAAUAUCAAGGGCAACAGGUACUACUUGGCGCGACAACCGACUUUGGCUGGAAUGGUGAUUAUUACGCCAGCCAGCCCCAGGAGGAUGGCAGCAGCCCAAACGAAUGCGACUACUCACUUCAAGGAUCGACCGCGGUCUGCUUGUCUUCACUGGACUCCUGCGUUGUGUCACCACCCAUCGACCAAACAUUCACGCAACCGCUCUCACUUUGGGAAAGUUCCAUGGGCUUCAACAUGCGACUACCCCUUUCGAGCCUGGACAGGUAUCUCGUCGCCCUCCGGCAGAUCAUCCGGCGCUGUGCAGAAGCCACCACGCUUAGCGGCCCACUGUGCCGAAGGCUCUCUGCAGAAGGGGUUCUUUGGGUCGUGCGAGAGUCCUGGCCCACCGCAGAAGGAUUCUGGAACUUGACGACAUGCAUGCAAGGAUUCCUCUAUGCCGAGCUGUGGCGGAAUUUCCCCUGUCGAGACUCAUAUCAGAGCCUGCCCGCCGCAUACCGCCCGACCCAAAUGCAGCUCCUGGUCCCCCACUCCCCCAUCAUCGACUGGCUACCGUGGCCGGACCUUCGCGACAUGAUCAUCAUGUACCAAGACCAGAUUGACAUCGACGCUCUUUGCCGGCACGCGAUUCUGACAAUGGUCGCCCACCGGAGUAAAAAGACCAGAAGGACCACCCGGGAGUGUGGCGUUGAAGGGUCGUCCAGAACGUCGGCCAUUAACAGCAGCAUCCAUAUGCACCACCACCUCCAAGAUAAUACCAGCCACCAGGAGAACGGCGAGACCACAACCGAAGAAGCAGAUGGGACCACGUCAUUUCGUGUCUGGGAUCUUACACGACUGGAGACCUUGGACGACGAGACCACACGGCUGGCGGCAGACAAAUUAUUGUUCAAAGUGACACCCCACCAUCCACGGUCUGCGAGCAUGAAGGCUCUCCAGCGCGCGUACAAUCUAGUGUACGAUGAUUUUUCGACGCAGAAGCUCGAGGGUCGUUUCUUCGACCGUUAUCCCUUUCUGUACUGCCAGAGGUUGAUUUCAGAGUUCAAGAUCCAAGACUUGACGACCGUUCCGUUCAAGGAUGUCGGCUCUCCGGUCGAUAUGACCCGAGACACCGUCUUUCGACUCAAGGGAAGCUUGGAACAGGCCAUCGGAGUGACUGUGGAUCUGUAG